AUGGCUAAAUUUCUAGCAGGGCAGCGCGGCGGCGCUGCCAUAAUUCGCCCGGGGCUGUUUCCUGCAAAGUCAGGAGAGGGUAACGCGUGUAUGCUGCAGCCCGGUGGGAGGGACCAGUUUCUACGGGGUUCUUCACAAGCAGAUACUUCGCUCCCUCUACGUAAUGUACAGUGGUUGUGCAGCCUCGAGAAUAGAACGGGAUCUGUCGUCCAGUCCCGUCGCCGGCUCGCAAGUCUCGCGUCUCCCUCCGCAGCCCCUUCCAGCGGGCACAAGGCAGAGGCCGUUGGAACUCUACUUCGACGCUCCUGCGCACCUUCCAACGUGCGCAGAGCGCGGACUCUUUCCGGCGCGCCUUUUGUGUCCGCGGGGCUAGACGCGCAGGCGGAGAUUUCGCUGUGUUCGCGGCUUGUGACUCAACCCGGACAGAGGCAGCAUCUCAGCACUGUGCCUCUGCAGCACGGAGCGGCGGCAGCGGCAGGCGGCCUGCGCACAGGAGGGUCUCAACCUCCCGAGGAGACGUGCAAGGCGCUGUCCUCCGAAGGGAACGCGUACACACCAGUUUUGAUUGUAGGCGCGGGGCCGAUUGGGCUCUCUUUGGCGCUGCUUCUUCGCCGCAUGCGCGUCCCGUUCCUCGUUGUGGAGCGCGACGAGGAGGCCCGCUGCCAGCCCAGAGCUCACUACUGCAGCAGCAGAUCCAUGGAAGUGUGGAGAAUGUUCGGACAUCUGGACGAGGUGCUGGAGAACGAAGUUCCUUCGCUCAAUGACUGGAGGCACUUCUCGUACUGCACGCAUCUCGUGGCCUCCAAGGACCACCCGCAGCCCAACAUCGCCGCACGCGAUCACUUCAGCGACGCCUACACGUUCAGCUUGCCCGACGGGAGAACGAGGUACUUUGAAAGUCAGAGCCCGUGCCGCGUCAUUCACCUCCCACAGCAUAUUCUGUUGCCGCUGCUUUACGCUCGUCUCGUCACCUGGAGUGCAGAAAAACCGAUGUCGGACCUCGGGGCGCGUUGGUCGCCUUUGCCCGCCCCUUCUCUCGCGCGGAUGUCUUCAUCGACUCAAACGUUGCUGGCAGCGACUGCGCCUCCGGUCGCUUCCGAACAUCCGAAUUCGCUCCCCGAUUCCCCCUUUCCCGCUGCCUCCUCUGCCCUGCCGGAGGUUCUCUUUCGAACGAAAUGGCUCGGUUCCGCUACGGUUGAGCGCGAUUUUUCGGCGGAGCGUGGAGAGUUCGCCUCAGAUCCUCGCCCGCAGCGCUUCAUGAGGUCCGCUCUCCUGACUUGGGCCAUGGAGAACAAAGCCGAACCCCAAGUGAUUCAUAUCGACAGCGCGUUCGUCGUCGCGUGCGACGGAGCGAGCUCGGCCGUCGCGACGCAGCUUCCAGGCUACCACCGAGAGGGCGCGGAUUGCCUGCAGCGUCUGGUGAACAUCACGUUCGUCUCUCGCCACCUCGCGACCCUCAUUCGCAGCAACGAGGUCCUGCGGGAUCAAGACGCCGCACGCUACGCGUCGACCUCCGAGUCCUCGUCAGACUGCGUGUGCUCGGAUCCUUCGCCGCCGCCGUCGAUGCUGUACUACGUCAUGAAUGCGGAUGUGAUUGGCGUCGUGGUUCUCCACAGUCUAGAGCGCGGGGAGUUCGUGGCGCACAUUCCCUUCUUCGCGCCUCACGAGGCUGCGCGGGACGACUUCCCUGUUCACGUGUGCGAGGAGAUCGUGCACCAGCUCGCUGGGGUCCGCCUCCGCGACGUGCGGAUUGUGGAGGCUCGCGGCUGGGCGAUGGCCGCCAAGGUGUCAAACGCCUUCACUGGGCGCCUGCCGCCUGCCGCUGGCGACGGUGCGCGCGAGGACUCCGCGCGCAGCGCUGCUGCGGCGCAGGGAGGCGAGAGCCACGAGGCGUGCCAAACAGACCUGCCGCGCGUGCUCUUGGUAGGAGACGCAGCCCAUCAACUGCCUCCGGCCGGCGGACUCGGCAUGAACCUCGGCAUGGGGGAUGUCCUGGGCCUCGGCUGGCGCAUCGGGCAGCUCUACCAUCGAAAGACUGCGGCCUUUUUCCCUCGCGAGGGCGCCCUGGCAGGCACACAGGGGGCUGGCGCGAAGAACCCGUGCGGAGACGGCGCGGGCCGCGCAGGCAGAGCGGACGCGAGCGAGGAGACCGCCCGGCGGCUGCUGCAGAGCUACGACGAAGAGAGAAGGCUAGUUGCAAAAUACACCUGCGGCGUGGCUAUUGACAACUUCCGGCGAGGUUUGAACGCGCCGUCGGAGUUCGGGCUGGACUGGGCCACAGGCCAAGCCCUCUCCUCCAUCCUGGAGAAGGCGGCUCAGAUGGUGUCGCGGCUCCUGUCCGGCGCCUCGCGUCCGAGCUCGGCGUUGCCGUUGCAUGUCGAAGCACCGCAAGCUGCUUCGCGUCCGCCGGCUGGUCCGCCGUCCCUGGCGCAGGCGCCGGUCCUCGCUGCCAAGCGGAUCCUCCAGCUCGCCCUGAGGGCCGGCCGAAAGCAGAUGCUGCUCAGCCGCCAGUGGCUGCCUCAGCUAUGGGAGGAGCGCGUCGAGGCAGUCAAGGCGAUUCUUCGAGAUGAGAAUCGAAACUUGAGUCUGCGCUACCCUGGUGCCGAUCUCGCGUACGCGUACACGUCUUCCCAGGUUUAUCGGCGCCCGACAAGCGAAGGCCAAGAAGCAGAGGCUUCUCGCCCCUACGUCAUGGUCUCUCAGUCGCCCCUGCGAUACCUUCCGUCCAGCUGGCGGGGCUGCCGCAUGCCCCAUGUGUGGGUUUACGCCUCCUCGCCUGCGUCGCCUCGGACGCCGGUCAAUGAAGCGCCGGUGCCGCAAGAGUCGGUCUUCCGCUUGUCUACGGUCGAGAUCCCGCUUCUCCACGACCCGCCCUGCGCGUACUGUUUCCUUGUGUUCUCUUCGCGGCACCUCGAUGUGCUCGCGGACGCUCUCCGAGCACGCAGCCUUGUCGCGCUGCAACCCGCAGUCCCUUCGUCGGCCUCACCGUCUUCUGCUGGCCGCGGUGACCCGCUUCCGGCUGAGGAACGAGACUUCCGUGCGGCGUUCUGUGCAUGCUGGGAGAGCUCCAGUGACAGUGCCGCGCUCUGCCCAGGCGCAGAGGCGAUCGCGGUUGACCGGCGGCCUUUCGUGCUCGACGGUGCCGAUCUCGCGCGCCUCGGCCGCAGUCCGCUGGCUGCCUCAGGGGCCGACGGCAAGCAGAAGCGGCCUCACAAAACACGGAAGGCUGACGCCUCAGUGCAACGCAAUGCCGAGCAGGUGAAGGGCGUGAGGUGGCUGUGGAGCCCGCAGGCCACGCGAGAGAACUUCCUUCAGAAACUGCGAGACGCGAACGUCCAGGGGAACGCCGCCGGGAUCCCACUGGACGACCUGCUUGUCGUUCUUCGCCCCGAUGGCCACAUCGUCGAGAUUCGGAGCCUCGCAGCAGGUUGCUCAAGCGCCUCACGAGAAAAUCCGAAGGGCAUGCCUAGAAUCCCAGAAGGCCCUUGUCCGGCGCAGGCGUCAGGAAGCAGCCUUCCCUCGGAGACUGUCGCGGCUGUUGUCGCGGAUGUCCUCGGGAGGCUUGCGUAG